AAUUAAAAUGUUCUCCAAAGCUAAGUCCUUCUUGUCCAGCAAAUUUUUGGCACCAGUAGGAGUUCUUGGCCUUGCAGCUUCCGGAUUGGAAUUGAUCUUCUCAGAACCAUCUCAUCAUAAUAUGAAUCUGUCGAUCGGGUUUACGGUAGCAUCCCCGUUUAUGGCAGUGCAUGCAAUUAACAUCAGGCCGAAGAAUUAUGCACUUAGUGCUUGUUGGAUGAUCAACGGAGCUGUAUACUGAAUCUUAGCAAAGGACUCAGCUAAAAAUUACAAGACAGUAAGGGAGGAACAGCAGAGGAUCGCGGAGAAAUAUUUUAAAUAAUUGCGUCAUAUCCUCAAGUGUUCAGAAAGAGCUCACUGGCCAAAAUCGAGAUUUCAAGGCAUAAU